GCAUCGCUCGACACCUUCGUCUCUCAUCUCUCCAUCUAUUCAUUCAUCAUGGCCAGCGCACCUGGCGCGCGGGGUGAUAAGCCCACUGCUGACAACUAUCCCCACCUCGAGUAUGAGGCCCGAUACAAGUACAUGACGGGCAUCAAUGGGCGGUUUGACUCGUUUAUCGGCGGCCACUUCUCGGGCUACAACCUCUCGGCGCUGCUGUUCGCCCACCGCGAAGACGACGCCAAGCACGUCAAGCUCGAGGUGUGGUCCGCGCCCGGGCUGUCCAAGCCGACAUUCGAGGAGGCCAAGAAGCAGACGUACCGGCCAGCCAAGAAGGGCGAGGAGUUCGGCCCGUCUUGGACCAACCACUGGUUCAAGGUCACCGUCAACAUCCCCAAGGAGUGGGCCAAGUACGAGCGCAUCCAGCUCGAAUUCGACUGUUCCGGCGAAGCCAUGGUAAUGGACACCGACGGGAACCCGUACCAUGGCCUCACCGGCGGAUUCAGCUGGGACCGCCGCGUCGAGUUCAUCAUCCCCGAGAAGGACUGCAAGAAGGGCGUCGGACACUACUACAUCGAAGCGAGCUGCAACGGCAUGUUCGGCCAGAACGGCGAGAAUGCGCCUGAUCCCAACCGCUACUACCGCCUCAACAGCGCCGACCUCGUCGCGCCCAACAUGGACGCAUGGCGGCUGAAGUGGGACUUUGAGUCCCUCCACCAGCUCACGCAGGAGCUGCCGAGCGACUCGUCGCUGCACAACCAUGCAAAGAAGGUGCUGAACAACAUCAUCGACGUGUUCCGCACUGGUGACUUGUCCAGCGUCGCGGACUGCCGCAAAGCAGCCGAGGAGAUCCUCGGCAAGGACUGGGAGAAGAACUCGGACGAGGAGAGCAAGGACGCGGGCAAGCAGAAGGGCGAACUCUGGGCUUUGGGGCACUGCCACAUUGACACGGCUUGGCUGUGGCCGUUCUCCGUAACACAGCAGAAGUCGGCGCGGUCAUGGUCUACCCAGAUCGACCUUAUGGAGAGGUACCCCGAGCACCGCUUCGCCACCACCCAGGCGCAGCAGUACAAGUGGGUCGAGCAGCUGUACCCGACGCUGUUCAAGCGCAUCAAGGAGAAGGUCAAGGAUGGCGCCUUCCAGCCCAUCGGGUGCACGUGGGUCGAGAUGGACACCAACGUGCCAUCCGGCGAAGCGCUCUGUCGGCAGUUCCUCUACGGCCAGCGCUAUUACGAGAGCCGCUUCGGCUCGCGCUCCCAGACUUUUGUGCUGCCCGACACUUUUGGCUACUCGAGCCAGCUCCCACAGAUUUCCCGUCUCGCGGGCGCGCCCAACUUCUUCACCCAGAAGAUCUCUUGGAACAUCAUUAACACCUUCCCGCAUACGACUUUCAACUGGGUCGGCUUGGACGGCUCGCAGGUGCUCACCCAUAUGACACCCGUUAACAACUACAACUCGCAGUGCAACAUGGACGACAUCCGCCGCGGCUCGACUGGGCACAAGAACCUGGAGGUCACUAACCAGUCGCUCCUGCUCUUCGGUAACGGCGACGGCGGCGGUGGACCCACCCCUCCCAUGCUCGAGAAACUCAAGCGCGCGCGUGCCAUCGGCAAGCGUCACGAUGCCGGCGGCCAGCUGCCGCUCGUGCGUAUGGGCGGCACCAUUGAGCAGUUCUACGACGCUAUCCGCGAGCAGACCAACAACGGCCGCACCCUUCCGACGUGGCACGGAGAGCUGUACCUCGAGAUCCACCGUGCCACGUACACAACCCACGGCUCGAUCAAGCGGCACAAUCGUAAGAUCGAGAUCAUGCUCCGUGAGGCCGAGUGGGCGACGGCGUUUGCGAGCAUGAACGACCCCAAGUACAAGUACCCGAAGGACAAGCUCGACUCGGCGUGGGAGGAUCUCCUGCUCUGCCAGUUCCACGAUGUGCUCCCCGGCUCGUCGAUCCAGAUGGUCUAUGACGACGCCGAACGCAUCUACAGCGGCGUCGAAAAGUCGAUCUCGAAGGUAAUCGAGGACGCGUACCACUCGCUGUAUCAGGGCACCGCGCCGCUCUCGCCCAAGGCCAAGCCCGACGGCAAGGCGCAGAUUGUCGCGAUCAACACGCUUCCCGGCACAUCUCGUCUUGAAGUGAUGCAGAUUCCGAUUGCGAAGCACUCAUGCGUCCGCACGCACUCGGUGCAGGUGUCGAGCGACAAGAAGCACGGCUACCUCCUAAUGGACGCCAGCCCGGAGAGCGCCUUCGCGACCCCGCGAGGGCUGUACGCCGACCUGCAGCCGGCGCGCGCAACCCAGGUUGGCAGUGAUUGCUACGAGCUCGCCAAUUCGUCUGUCAAGAUGAAGAUUGAAGACGGGCGCAUCACGAGCCUGCUCGACCUCGAGCUCAACCGUGAGCUCAUCCCCGAGGGCAUGAGCGGCGGUCUCGUUAUCAUGGAGGACCACCCGAACUACUGGGACGCAUGGGACGUGGACUUCUUCCACCUCUUCAAACAGAAGCAUCUCAAGUUCGACAAGGUGCGGAUCAAGGAGGCGGGUCCCCUGCGCGCGGCGCUCAGCGUGAGCAUCAAGUACGGCGACAGCGAUCUCGAGUUCGACGUGUCACUCGACGCCGUGCCGGCCUCCACGAAGCCUGGGGCACGCAGCAUGGUGCGCUUCGACGCCCGCGCCUCGUGGCACCAAAAGCACGAGUUCCUCAAGUUUGAGCUCCCACUCGACAUCCACAACGACGUCGCGACGUACGACACGCAGUUUGGCACGCUCGCGCGCCCGACGCACCGCAACACGAGCUGGGAUGCCGCCAAAUUCGAGGUGUGCGCGCACAAGUUUGCCGACCUCUCCGAGUACGGCUACGGCGUGGCGCUCAUCAACGACUGCAAGUACGGCUAUGCCGUCGACGGCAACGUUAUGCGCCUCUCCCUGCUCCGCGGCCCGACCAUGCCGGACCCGGACUGCGAUAUGGGCAAGCACGAGUUCUCGUUCGCCAUCUACCCGCACGUCGGCACGUACAUUGAAAGCGACGUGACGCCGGUGGCGUAUGCCUUCAAUGCGCCCAUGCGCCCACGCCUCGGCUCGGCGUCCACCGCCCUCACGUACUCGGGCAACCCGUUCCGUGUGGCCAACGCGCCCAAUGUCAUUCUCGAGACUGUCAAGCGAGGCGAGGACGACGUGCACGCUGAGGGGGAGUCGCAGACGCUUAUUCUACGCCUGUUCGAGCAGUAUGGCGGACACGCCAAUGCCGAGUUGCAGAUCACCGGCCUUCCGGUCGCCAAGGCCGAACUUGUCAACAUCAUGGAGGACAACAUUGAAGACCUCAAGCUGUCGUCGGCCGGCGCCGACGCGAGUGACGACUCGUCGAUCAAGCUCCGCUUCCGCGGAUACGAGAUCAAGACUGUGCGCCUCACGCUCAAGCCCGGCGCCAAGAAGGCGCGUCGUGACUCGGGCGGGUGGGUAAAGCUGUGAAGAACUAGACACUGUAGAGCGGUAGUCUUGAAUCAGAAUCUAGUAAGAAGCUUUGUACGGUGUAAACAAUUGAAGCAAUGCAAAUAGGUUGUCGCUCAAUUACGCGCAGUCUAUAUCCUA